AUGCGUUUCGCCGUCUCGACAUUUAUAUCGGUCCUCGGUCUGUCACUAGCUGCGGUUAGAGCUGUGAUGGAGGACGUUCCACACACGGCACUUUGCACCCGUAAUGCGCAGGUUCUCUUGAAAGUUGAACGUGGACAUUGCGGCUGUGGCAUGCCCAUUGGUGCUCCUACGACCAUGUAUCACGAAUGCCAGGGGCCGAGGUGCCGCGCCUCGACAAAACGCAUACGCAUACACUCAGGUGUUUGUUUGGACGAAGGCCCGGACUGUGCGCCCGUGGAUGUAGUGCCUACCAUGACGGAAAAUGAAGUACCACUGACAUUAGAUGCGUGGCGAGCAGGGGAGUCGACGAAGCUCGUAUCAGCGGCGCAAACGGUCGCAGAUUGGCGACCGGGAACUCCCCCUCACGAACUGAUCGGUAGCGAACUCGGUGAUACCUCUGCAAGCUUCACGUCGCCAACCAAGUAUGGAAAGUGGGAAUCCGAUCCUGAAUACUGGCACUCCAAAAACUGUCGUGUCCGCUCACCUUUGCUCGAGAGUGCCAGCUCCUGUACCGCCGCAACAGUAUGA